CCCUCUCUCUCCUCCCACAUGUCCCACACGGGAGAGUUUCUGUCCCUCCCGAGCCACAGGUGACUGCUCUCCCGCAGGGCAUCUGGUCCCCCCGCCAUGGGGCACCUGUGAUCCCCUGGAAUACCUGCAAUUCCAUGAGGGGUAUUUGCCUCUACCCUGUGGCCAUCGGUGACCCCACAGGGGUUUCUGUCCCCACCAGCAACAUCUCUUACCCACUGCGGUGCUCCCCCCCUGUCACUCACAGGGACCCGGUGGUGUUGGGGGGCCAGGUCCUGCCCCUUGUGCUGGUGUCAGGGAAUCAGGCCACCUCCCACAGGAGGGAAGGAAAAACAGCCAUAGGUGGAUUUUGGCUGGUGCUGGCCCCAGCCUGGCGCCAGGAGGAUGAAUCCCAGCUGCAUGUGGGGCUGGUGGUGGGCCAGGAUAUGUAGGAGUGUCAAUCCAGGACACAGCAGGGUGCCAGGGCAGGGUGCACUGCCUCCUCCGUGCCCUCAGUGCUGUCCAAUCUGCCGCAUUCCCACAUCCCGUGAUCCGUGGCCAAGGGUUGCACCACGAUCUUUGAGAUGAGCUGUGCUCGUCCCACGGCACCUGGAGCCCAGCUGCCCCCCAGAGCGAUGGCAGCAGUGUUGGCUCUGCUGGUGCUGGUGGCCUGGCCAGUUCCUACCGUAGCAGUGACGCAGGACUCUCUGCUCAACAUCUGCAUGGACGCCAAGCACCAUAAAACAGAGCCUGGCCCUGAGGGGCAGCUCUAUGGGCAGUGUGUCCUCUGGAAGGACAAUGCCUGCUGCACUGCCAACACCAGUAUGGAAGCCCACCAGGACCAGUCCUACCUGUACAACUUCAACUGGGACCACUGUGGGGCCAUGCCAGAGAAGUGCAAGCGCCACUUCAUCCAGGACACAUGUCUCUAUGAGUGCUCCCCUAACCUGGGGCCAUGGAUCGACCAGGCAGACAACAGCUGGCGGAAGGAGCGGAUCCGGGAUGUGCCACUGUGCCGGGAGGACUGUGAGCAGUGGUGGGAGGAUUGCCAGGAUGCUGUCACCUGCAAGGUCAACUGGCACAAGGGCUGGAACUGGACUACAGGCACCAACCACUGUCCCAGGGGUGCCAUGUGCCAGAAGUUCAAGUUUGUGUUCCCCACGGCGGCUGCACUCUGCGAGCAGAUCUGGUCUGGCUCCUACCGCUACACGUCCCACCACCGUGGCAGCGGUCGCUGCAUCCAGAUGUGGUUUGAUCCCACACAGGGGAACCCCAAUGUCGCCGUCGCCCAAUAUUAUGCCCGUGGUGAUGCUCCCCCAAAGUCCCCGCUCUCCAUCCUGCUGUCCCUGCUGCCCCUCAUGCUCCUGACCCCGCUCUGAGCAGGAGAGGCUGCAGGCAGGAGCAGGCAGUAGAUGGUCACCAGGCUGCCUUGUGCCUGCCCAUGGGAUAUCCUCAAGCUGUGUCCCCUCCAGGCAUGUGGCUCGUGAAUAAACACUCCUGCCCUCUG